AGAGCACAUACCAAAACAAAACACAGCACUUUUGGUAAGUCGUAGUGAAAUCUUCAGUUUAGCAAGUUGAUGACCUCUCUUGUGCAUUAAUUAGUGCUAAAAAAUCUCGUUUUCAUUAGCUAUGAAUAUUUACAAAGCAGUCAUUAUUAAAUCUCAGCUGUUAAGAACGAUUAGCCAUUCUUUGCGUAAUAAGAACAGAAGUACGAAUGUUCUUUGCGCGUUAUCUGUAAGAAAUUAUAAUAAUAACUCCAAAGAAGAACAUUUCAAGGUCAAGUGGAAUGUAAAUAAUAAAUACAUCAUAGCUGCAAUUAGCACCGGAAUUGGCUUCUCGUCUUACUACUAUUACAAUAAGAAAGAUGCCGAUUGUGCAGAGGUACAGCCAAAACAUGAAACUGUUCGACGGGAUUUACCCACUUUUUCGGCACAAGACGUCUCAAAGCAUUCAAAUGAAAAAACCGGUGUUUGGGUGACGUAUGGAAUUGGUGUCUAUGACAUCACAAAAUUCAUUUCUGAACAUCCAGGAUCGAAAAAGAACAUCAUGCUUGGUGCUGGAGUCUCAAUUGAGCCAUUUUGGCAUACUUAUCAGUUCCAUAAAGAGGCUAAAAUCCUUAAAAUGCUCGAAAAGUUCCGGAUUGGUAAUUUAAAGCCUGAGGAUAGAAUUUCUAUCCAAAAUCAAGGAAAUCCUUAUGAUAAUGAGCCAGUCAGGAACUUAGACUUUAUUGAGAGAUCAAAAAUCCCAUACAAUGCAGAGCCACAUUUAACACAACUUGUUGAGCAUUUCAUCACGCCCGUUGAAUUAUUUUAUGUUCGAAACCAUCUGCCAGUGCCUGAUAUCGACAUUAAUGAGUACGAACUUGAAGUGGAUAUAACUUCAACAGGUGUCUCAAGAACAUUCUCAAUGAAUGAUUUGAAGACCAAAUUUGAGAAGGCAGGCGUUACUGCUGUUGUAAUGUGCGGUGGAAAUCGUCGAUCAGAAAUGAAUGCUGUAAAGGAAGUUCGUGGACUUGGAUGGGGUGGUGGAGCUUGUGGAAAUGCAAUUUUUACAGGCGUGAGACUUUGUGACUUCUUAACAGCUAUGGGCGUUAAGUCUGACGAGAAGAGUCAUGUAAUUUUAGAAGGAUAUGAUCGCGAUCCAACUUAUACUCCAUAUUCAGCAUCAAUUCCACUAUCUAAAGCUUUGGAUCCAAGAGGAGAUGUCAUUUUAGCGUACGAAAUGAAUGGCGAGCCACUAAAUAGAGAUCAUGGAUUUCCACUAAGAUGUGUCGUGCCUGGUGUUGUUGGAUCCAGACAAGUCAAAUGGUUAGGUAGAAUUAUUAUUGGAGAUGUCGAAUCUGACAGUCAUUGGCAGCAAAAUGAUUAUAAAUCAUUCAGUCCAAGUGUCGAUUGGGAUACAGUUGACUUUUCUAAAGCACCAGCAAUUCAACACAUGCCUGUAACAUCAGCUAUAUGCUCACCAAAUCCAGAUCAUCAUGAGAUAAAAUUCACAGCUGAUGGUAAAAUGGAAGUUAAAGGCUAUGCAUAUUCAGGUGGUGGAAAUAAAAUUAUUAGAGUAGAUGUGACAUGGGAUCAAGGCAAGACAUGGCAUCCAGCUGAUCUUGUGCAAUUAGAAGAUGGUGAAAAUGUCUCAGCAGGAAGGCACUACGCAUGGACAUUAUGGAAUAUUAAUGUUCCCGUUGAAAAGAAUCAACAUUAUGUUGAAGUUUGGUCUAAAGCUGUUGACAGCAACUACAAUUGUCAACCAGAAACUUUCAAGAAUACUUGGAACUUGCGAGGCGUUGUAGCCAACGCAUAUAGCCGUAUCGGAAUCAACUUAAAGUAAACCAAAAGACUAAAGUUUACAAAACUUAUUUUUUUUUUAUGAAUGCUCAAGUCCAUUUUUCCCAGUGCAUGAAUUAUACAAUUUUUUUG